GGGACAUAAUGGAAUACGGGCACAGGAGCGGAAAACAAACAGGCUGGUCUUGUCAGAGUUCAUUUGCAGGAUUCGCUGUAAGACGAUAUUAAACCCCUGCAUCCAGUAAUUGGUAGGUUUCGUUUCUCUUUGAGGAGACCAUGGCGACUUCACUGCUGAACCUGGAGGAGGAUCUCACGUGCAGCAUCUGCCUGUGUCCGUUCGACGGGCCGGUGAGCCUCACGUGCGGACACAGCUUCUGCCAGCGAUGCCUGGAGGCCGCGUGGCGGGGCGUGGAGCCUGUGAGCUGCCCGCACUGCCGCACGCUCUACACUGUGCGCCCCGAGCUGAAGCGCAACACCGUGCUGAGCGCAGUGGUGGAAACCCUCCGGGCCGCGAGCGACGCGACUGUACCACCCGAGGAGCGCGCGCGCGAGGUGCCCAUGCACAAGUUGGAGCCCGAGCCCAAGCCCGUGCUGUGUGACACAUGCAUGGAAGCCAAAGCGGAGAGCACCUGCAUGACAUGCGCCGCGUCGUUCUGCGUCGAGCACGUGCGCCCCCACCGCGAGAACCCCGUGUUCCGCGCGCACCGACUCGUCGAGCCGCCUCUUGCGGACCUUCAUCACCGCCUGUGCACCGAGCACGCGAAGCUGCUGGAGUUCUUCUGCGUGCAGCACGAGCGCGCCAUGUGCAGCGGCUGCCUGCAGGAGCAGCACCGGGGAUGCGAUUUCUGCACGGUGGAGGAGCAGCGCGUGAAAAAACAGUCUGAAAUGAAGGACAAGUUGGGCACUCUUGAUGGCAAAAUUGAAAAGAAUCAACUGGUCAUCUCCCAGAUGAGGGAACAGCAAGCAAAGCUCAAGGAUGUAGCUGCUGUGCGUAAGCGUGCGCUGGAACAGGAGUACCAGCAGGUCAGAGACCUCCUGCAGAGGGACGAGAGUGAGGCCAUGAAAGCCCUGGAGAAAGAUCUGGAGGGCGGCCAGAGCAAACUCGGCUCACUGAUGAAGAAGUUCAGUCAGAACAUUGAGAAGAUGAACGGAACUAAAGAUGAAAUCGGCCGGCUUUUAACCCAGUCUGACUCAAUGGACUUCUUACAGGCAUCUGUGGACUUGCCUUCGGUGGUAUCGUUUGACCCUUAUGCCCCGCGGAUAAACCUUGACUCAAAAGCAGUCAUAGCGCACCAUGCCUGCAUUGUAGGCCUGAAGGAGCAAGUAUCUAGAAUACUGAGCCAGCCAGUGGAGACCAGGCAGUCAAACCUCAAACAAGAAUUUGAAAAGCCUGUUGCUGAUCCAGGUGCGAAUCUACCAAACCCAAGGGAGGCAUUUUUUCCCCACAGUGAAGAAGCCAGGCCCAACAGCCCACCUCGUGCUAAAGGUGCACCUGGCGCAGGAAAAAAGAAUCCUCAGCCAAAAGGGGAACGGAAGGACAACAAAGGAGAGAAGAAGGACAGCAAAGGAGAGAAAAAGGAUAAAGGAGACAAGAAGGACAACAAGGAUCAUAAAGAACGCAGAGAACACAAGGGGGAUAGAUCCCAUAUGUUUCCUAAUGCAGGAGCGGGCUUCGGCGGGCUUCCUGCUUCAUUCUCCAGCAUGGAGAACAGACCUGUUCAUUUCUCCAAAGCUGUUACAGAUUUGGGAAUCAGUAAGUUUCCUAAUGCAGUAACGGGCUUUUCAUUCUUCAGCAUGGAGAACAGUCCUUCUCACCCCCCUAAAGCUGUUCCAGAUUUGGCUCCAGUUGACAUAAGUUCAGCUGCCAAAAGAAGUGAUCUUCUGAAAUAUGCUACAAUCCUCAUGUUUGACCAGAGGACAGCCCACAGGCGAGUGGCCCUCUCAGAUAACAACACCAAAGCGUCUGUGUCUGAUGAGCCUUCUGCGUAUCCAGAGGUUCCACCCCGAUUCACUGUGUGCUCGCAGGUGCUCUGCUCCAAGGGUUUCUCUCAGGGUCGCCACUACUGGGAGGUCAAAAUGAGCAGCAAUAAUUUCUGCGGUAUCGGCCUGGCCUAUGGCAGCAUCGACCGCAAAGGUCCCUCCAGCCGCUUGGGGCGAAACGCCCAGUCCUGGUGCGUCGAGUGGUUCAACGUGAAGCUGUCCGCCUGGCACAACAGCAGUGAGACGGUACUGUCUAACCCAAACCCCAGCCGGGUGGGCGUGCUGCUCGACUGCGAUGAAGGAUGCGCCACGUUUUAUAACGUGACCGACCGCGCCUAUCCGUUCCACAUGUUCGUUUUCCCUUUCUCCGAGCCAGUUUAUCCUGCUUUCUGGAUCUUCUCCAGUGGCUCUUCCAUUACUCUGUGUAAGCUGAACAAUUAGUGGGUGUUUGUGGGGAUGUCAGUGUACAGUCACUGAUAUGUGAUGAUUAAGGAUAAUUUGGUGGAUGGGUUAAUAUAGAGUACAGGAACUAUUCACUCAUAAAUUCACUCAAAACUCGUAUUUCUGUGACUAAUCAAUGCUGUCAUGAGAAAACUUAUUUACUUAUUGUUUUAGCUCUACACACGUAUUCUGAUUCUUAUAAAAUCAGAAAUGUUUCAAAGAAUCUUUUGUUUAGCACCUUAUUUUACUGACCAAUAUUUGCUGAGCAGCAACAGUGGUUGUUUUACAGUUGUGCUCAGGAAAAAAAAAACUUGUGGUAAAACAUCCAACAAGAGUGAGUGAAAGCCCUGUCCAUACUUUAUUUCACACAAAAUAUGGUAAUGAAUUCUAAACAGUGAAACAGAUCUAUUUCACUGUGUACAAUGUGAUCAUUCACCACUCUAAGUUCUCUAAAGGCACCAGUGUAAACACCAGUGUUAAAUUAUUCAACUAGUACAAGCCAGUGCAGUUCAACUGCAUGUGGGAGGUCGGUGAGACGGCAUUAACACAAGAAUCACGAAUCAAGUUAUACCAUAAUAUUGCAUUUUAUGUUUACUCAUUUGAUAUUGGAUAAAGCCCCUCAAGCUUAUUUUUUGGUUAUACUCGUUAUACCAGAAAAUGGUCAUUUAUAUAUAUAUAUAUAUAUAUAUAUAUAUAUAUAUAUAUAUAUAUAUAUUAGUUUUUUUGUGGGUGUGGCUACUACAACAGACUUAAAUCUAUUGUGUUUUUUUGUUGUUGUUUAAUGAGUAAAUGCUUCAACGGUGUUGGACUCAACAUUGUUGUUGCCUUAAAUGGAAUCUUCUUUCGAAUAUGUGAGGUUUUCUCAUAACAGCAGUGUGUAAUAUAGCACAGUGUGAGAUCAGAUGUGGUGUAUAAUCAUAUGGGUGGCUAACAUUUGUGUCAGGGUGUGUAAGGGUAUUUUGAUCAUUUGUUGAUUCUGAUAAGGGUCUAAUCAUAAAAUGUGUCUUCUGCCUUGAAUCAGAUCUAAACAUGUUAACACAGCUAAUACAGAAAGGAAUAUUUAGACUAAAUUUCUUUGAACUGUAUGUGUUAUUUAGGCUUGCAGUUUUCUCCAUACUAAUUGAAUGGGCUCAAUGACUGUGUAUAUAAACAUGGACAGUAUAACAUCUCUCAGAAGAGAAGCCACUACAUGUUCAGUGUCUCUGCUGGCUGGUUGCAGUAUGAUGUGUAGCUCUACCUGUCCAUAUACUUUCCAAUUAGUGUUCCCUGUGCUAAUACUGGCACAUAUUUAAGGGUUACACCUAUGGAGUAAGUAAAUAACAGCCAUCACUGAAAAAAAAAACAUCUGCAUUUAUUAGUGCAGUGUUUUUGUAUUGGAGUGUUUGAGCUGUAGUUAAUCUGUUAUGGUUCACUAUACUGCUAUUAAUCAUGUAGUGUUGUGUAUUCAGGCAUGCUAGACUUGUUGUAUUUGUGCUAUGUGUUGGCCAGCACUCUUGCCAAAUUCAUGUUUUGGUCUGAACCGAGUCCAAAUACUGUAUAAAACAUUCUUUUCUAUUAUUUUAACUUUUAAUGGUGACUGGUGUGUGCUAAUUCUCUUGCAGCAGCUCAGUUUAACAGGGGUUACACUGGAUCAUAGUAGCUUCAGUUCAUCAAAGAAGCAAUUGUAGCAAAGAGCUAAGCUCUGGUACUUUGAAUUGGGUAUUCAGUGGAAAAUCUGUUUGCCUCUAGCCCUUUUGCCUAUGCUGUAAACUCAAUGACGGCAGUCUGAGACGCUUGCUCUGGCAGAAGGUGGCAGGGCUUCCACAUGUCAAAUCUUUACUGUCCAGACUUUGGUUGCAAGUAUGACAACAUAGAAGACACUUUUGGCUUCAUUUCUAUAUACUAAACGGGAUUUUAAGUACUGAAUCCAUGUGAUAUAUGGUCAUUGUCGGGACAGUGUUGUUUCCUAAAUGCAUAGAUUGCUUAUGUAAUGCAACUAUGCAGAACCCAACAAAGAGAAUUUCAAUGUAUGCUCAGGCUUUUUAGAUAACACAAAAGCCAGUAAUUUGAGGUCUUAGCUGAGGAAUGGGUAAUAUGUAAUAUGUAUAUAUAUAUAUUACAUUGUCAGACAUUUGUCUGCAGUUAAAUGCUAAUGGACACCUCCUAUUUAUUUAUGGGAGUGUUGAUUUAACAGCUAUUUACAGUCCAGUAGGUAGUUGUGAGCAAAGUCCACAUCCACGCUGCUUUUACCAGAGGAAAGGUCAUUACAAGUGGCUCCUGACCAGCUUUAUGAGUGUGCUAUGAAUGUGCUAAGCUAACUGGAAUUAAGCACUCAAGGUUGUUGGAUGUUUCAAUCUGUGCAAAGUGAAUAUUGUCGCUGUCCAAUGAAAACCAGUAUCUCCUAAACAUUAAAUUUACAGGAGAGAGAUAAAACCUUCUGUGAAGUCAAUGUAAAAUUUGUUUAUUUCAGGUCAUUUUAGAUCAUUUUUAUUUGUCAAUUAAUCAAGAAAUUUUGACACAGUGUAAAGGAGAGUUUUUGUGUUCAAAUUAUGUAGCAAACUAAAAGCCGUCAAAAAUGGAGAUACUUGUUUUUAAUUGGACAGCGACGAUAUAGCAACGAUUUACACAUUGCACAUCCUUAUAUGAGAGUUUACCAUGUCUGAUGAGGUUGAAUGUGUUGGUACUUGUUUGCUCUUAAUGCAUCUUAUUGCUCUGAGAUCCAACUUGUAUAAGGUGGGGUGUAGAUAGUAGGGUUGUGUAUUUGCAAAAACUUGGAAAUGCAAUAUGUAUCACAAUACACUUUUAUUUAAUAUAUCACAAUAUAUUGCAAUAAUAUACUGUAAGCAAGGCAAUUAUGCAUUGUUAUAUAUUGCAGUCAUUCAAACUUUAUAUUACAUUUGUCACUAUCAUAUUCAUAAAAUCUGAAUAAAAGAAGCAUUUUUUAUCCGAUCAGAACAGUGGGAUCAAAAUGAAGCACAGUCUCACACCACUCUUCACGUGCAAACUAAUAAUUAAAAAUCAGUACUGUAUUUUUAAAAAUCUAUACAGUAUCAACAAUAGUUUGAUAUAUCAAAAAAAAAAUUACCCCUAGUUUACACACAUUUUCUCUAGAACGUUUAAAUAUCUCAUUACAGUAGCUGUGGGAACCAAAAAGCAAUAUUAUCUGAAUACUCAAGCCAAUUCUUAAAUAUUUCAAUAUGGUUUGCAAUUGGCUAUAACAUUAUGCCAUCUUGUGGACUAUAAAACACUAGAUUUUGUUGAAUUAUUAAUCUGCUAUUAGGUGUAAGUCUUAUUUAUAUGCCUUUGUAAUCGUCACUGCACGCAUACUUCUGUGUGUUCUUCACACUGGCAUGGUUUUAAAGCUGUUCUCUAAUGACAACAAACACAGUGAUGAUAGAAGAGAUUAUAGUUAUGUAAUCGGUAUAAUAAGAUGGAAGAAAUAGCAUGGUAAGGUAAACGACUGUAAAUGGUGUUAAGUUCAUCUGUCAAGAAGUUUAUUUUCUAGUAUUUUCUGCUUGUUUCUACAAGCUACAAGAGCCAACAAACACUGCAUAUCUCCCAAACAUUUCUAUAAGUAUACAUCCAUGCACUUCUUGCAGCCUUCUCAAGCCACAUCCAGACCUUUUUUAGGGUUUUAGACAUACCAUGACCCACUGUGGACUAUAUACAGUAGUAAACAGUAGCAAACCUUUAUUGUAUUAACACAAUAAAGCAGUGAUUUCUUUCAAUGUUAUAGUUCACAGUAAGUCCUAAACCUCAUCAAAUAAAUCUGCGCCAACUUGAACAUGUGAACGCUAUUAAAGUGUGUAUUCACAGCAUCUCAGAGCUCUAGAGCAAAACUGGAAUGGCACAAUUUGGAUACAAAACACUUUGUAGUAAAAACAAAGUAGAAACAAGUGUGUUUAAAAAAAAAAAAAAAAAAACGUUUAAACAAGCAAUUAUUUUAGCAUAAAUGUCCAAAAUUAAACAGCUCACAUCCUAAAUCCUAAAGGCAAAUGCAAGUGCACAAAAACAUAACCAUAUAUACAAUUUUUAUCAUGUCAGUGAAUUCACAUAACCAAAGUAUUGUGAUACUAUAUUGUAUGGAUUUCUCACUGCACCCCUAAUAUCCAGUGAUCUAAGGGUACUAAUUUGGUCCAUGUAGAACCAGAAUACCCUGAUGAUCAUCAGUAGAAGCAGUCAGGAGUUUGUCUGGUCAGCCUGGGGGAUAAAAGUAUGACUAAUUUAAUUUAGUUUGCAUGAGUCCAGGCUCACUUUGGACCUCACCACACAUCAGGCGCGGCUGAUAUUUCCGUUUAGGACAGCUGCUGAUGUGCAAACUCUGGAGGAUUUAAAGAACAGACCCUUUAACAUGGAUGUAGCACCAGCUCCACCCACAUAUUGACCUCAGAUAUAGGGAGAGUAAGUGGACAGCUGGUCUCAGAUCAACAUCAGAAAAGGGGCUUUGCUCGCUGUUGAAUUGAGGAUACACUGUGUAAAUGAUUUCUGCUUGGGUGUAUUUGAUGUGAAUUGAUGGGACUAUGGGCUAAUGUGAAAGCAUGGAAAUGCACAGAAUUCAGAGUGAUUUAAAGUUACCAGACAGCAGAUCAGUGACGAAAAUGGUCUCAAAUGUGUUUCUAAGACUACGUUCACAUUACUAGGCUAAAGUGACUGACUCAAAUCAGAUUUUUUUUGCACAAUGUGGCUCAGAUCUGAUUUUUUUCAUGGCUGUGAGAACAUGCCAAAUUAGAUUUUUUAAAUUCAGAUUUGAGUCACUUUAAUAUGUGGUUCUAAAUCGGAUACAUAUCUGAUCUGUGGACAUGCGACAUGAAUGUGAACGGUCAAAUCGGAAUUUAUGCGUCUUUUUUCUUUUACGCAUGCGCUACAUGCUUCUCUCUUGAUCCAACACAUCUCUUGGUGCAGCUGUGCAGCUAUAGCUGCAAAAACAGCAAAAGCAAGACGCCUGGCCUUUUUUCACCUCCACGACCUGAGCAUGAACUUCAUACCAGCUGUUUACUCUCCACUCGAGGAAAAGAUGCUCCACAUAUGAGCUGCUAACACAUAAAUUUCACCUUUAUAAAUCUACGAGUUGUCUCUUAAAUAUGGCGUUUUUUGUUGGUGGUGAAGAAGACAAUGUUUAUACACGUAUCAAUGUGCGCAUGUGAGGCGUUUCAGGAACAGAUUUGUUCACACUAGACACAGAUACAGCUCACUUACAUUUGUGAAUG